UCCCGCUCUACAGGCUCCCGCUAAGCAGAAACAGGUGACGUGCUCAGUUUGCACUCUCAAAGCACCUCCGCAAUGUUGGAGGACAGUGUUAGCGUGCGACCCUCUUUCCUGAAGAGGCUGUGCGUGGCUCUACUGUGUCAAGAAAAGCGGGGCCUUCUAUAAUUGUACCAAGGCCUCGUGGCUCUGAAGCAUUGGCGCACACACGUGUGUUGGGUGUCCAAAGCUCAUCCUCCUCCAUCAGCUUGUCCGUUGUCGACCAUGUCGUUGCGGCAAAAAGCUGAGACCCUCAGGCGAACGAUCGAUAACCUCCUCGCAGCGGGAGGUGACACCGCGCCGGUUCCAAUCCUCAAAGUCGUCAAUGCUACGGCUAAUUGGUGUCCUCCUCUGAAGAUGGCGAGUGGCAGUGCACUCACCAUCCUCGAUGAGGUUAAGAAGCUCAAGGAGAGCGAGAAAGAAUGGGCUGAUUUUGGUCAAUAUGUAGUAGAUAUGGUGGCUGAGGUGGUUUCAUCCAUAACGUCCUAUGAUACAUCAGUGAAAGAGGCAAAUCCAUGGAUGGAGAAUGUCGAGGAGCUUAAUGAGUUGGAUUUGUUUUUGGUGGUCUUUGAUAUCGUGCUUACAUCAAGUCCCAGUGCGCUACAGAAGAUUAAGUCCGAAAUUGAGGGGCGGGAAAAAGUAGAGAAACGAUCGACUAUCAGAAAAACAGACUCCCAUUUGAGAAACCCCGGGAGGAUUGAUGGCCUAAAGAAAGACUUUGACAAAGCAUUGACAUCGUUUCAGCUUAGGACGAACUUGAUAGCCGGCGCCAAGUUAGCAGCCAUAGAACGUCGUCUACGCGAAGACGAAAUCCUCGAUAGUCUCCUCGUCCCUUCUACCACCCAAGAUAAUCCCGCCCAGGCGUGCCUGGAAGGCACUAGGGUUGAUCUUAUUGAGCGUAUCAUGACAUGGUGUCGCAACACCGGGGAAAGCGAGAACCGGCUAAUGCAGUUGACUGCUGUGGCCGGUGCCGGCAAGACCUCGAUUGCACUCACGAUAGCAGAACGAUGUGCCAGUGAAGGGGACAUUACCUUGUUAAUGCACUUCUCCUUUAAGGCGGGCGAACGGUCUCGGCUUGAUUUUCUAUUCAGCGGCAUAGCUCGAGCUUUGGCAGGUCAUGACCCCGUUUACCGCACUUUCAUUACCUCUGCUCUUCGAGAUGACCCUAGUCUCUCGACAGCUUCAUUCGGGACGCAGUUCAUGAAAUUGGUCGCUUCGCCUCUGCUCCAUAAACCUCCGCCUGCCGACUGUCCUAUGGUGAUCAUCAUCGACGCUUUAGAUGAGUGUGACGAUGGACUAUUUGUGCCCCUUGCCGGAAUUCUUAGGGACGAAGUGCCCAGGCUACCAUCUUCCGUAAAAUUCUUCAUCAUAUCGAGACAAUUUGAACUCGUGAAACGCUCCCUCUCCACUUAUUACCCUAUUGAUCGCCUUGUUAUUGAUCUCUGGGAUGCCACAAACGUGCAAGACUGCGCUACAUACACACGUUUCCAAUUACAAAAGCUAAAGGAAGAGCAUCCGUAUUUACGGCAUAAAUUCCAGGACGAGAGAACGGUACAGGGGAUCUCGGAACGAGCAGGCGGCCUGUUUAUUUGGAUCAGCACCAUCUUUUGGUACAUACGUAUGGUCGACAAGGAUCCUAUGGGAACACUAGAGGGACUGCUUGGCACAGGCACCAAACGAUCAGCGGUGUCUGCUGAGGGAAUGAUGGAUCGCUUGUACACAAGCAUUCUGAAGAAAUGUUCUUGGGAAGAUGAAGAUUUCGCGCGCGACUACCCAGUCGUGAUGGGAGCAAUCUUCGUUGCACAACAGCCUCUGUCUAUCUUAGCUUGGGAUGCAAUUUUGUCACCGUUCCUGAGUUCUUCUGUUCAAUAUACGUUGGCCGAGCUUGCAUCCCUCAUUUCAGGAGUUGAGGAUUUUCACAUUCCGAUUCGCGUCUUACACCAAUCCUUCCGCGAGUUUAUUGUGGAUCGGGUCGAUCCCCAAUCAAUCAACCCUGGUUGCAGUCUAGUGAAUAUGCAGAUGAUGAACGAUGCGAUUGCCCUGCGAUGUGGCGAGAUUCUGAAUCGGGACCUUGACUUCUUGGAGGGCCUAGGUCUGAUUGAAAACUUGUCCAAACAAGAUGAACUGCCGCGCAUUCCUCCAGAGGAAUUGUCUGAGCACUUGCAUUACGCAUGUCGUCACAUUGUUUAUCACCUUAAUGGAAUCGAGGAAUCGUCGCAGUGGUCCGAUGAGUUAGCUGGCAUAUUUCUUAGUCAGCGAGCGACUCGAUGGGUGGAAGCCUGUGUAAGAAUGGAAGGCUACAUCAGUAUCUCAACACUCCCUGAAUGGGCCAUGUUGGCUGGUUACCAGAGGUCAAAAGAUGGCAUCCGCACGCUGGCUAAAGUACUUAUUCAGCUUCAGUCGAAUCUGGAGUUUUUCUCAAGGCUCGAGGAGUCAUAUGAAGCAGCAAACGAUUCCGUUGUACUCUGCCGUUAUCUCACUUCUAUGGACUCUGAGUCCUACACUCCGGAUUUGGCCAAGUCACUCAACACUUUAUGCACAGCUCUUUUGAAACUCGGACGGUACUCUGAGGCGCUUCCAACCAUCAAGGAAAGCGUCAAACUCUACCACCAACUAGUUGCCAUUGAUCCAGGGUUAUACGCUCCUAAGCUGGCUACGUCACUCAACAAUUUACGUACCACUCUUUCUCAUCUCGGACGUGAUUCUGAGAAACUAAUUUGAGCGACCUAUCUUUCCAUUUCCUUCCAUCAUUUAUUUGGGAAUAGUGUGAACAAUUUUGUAUUUACGGAAGCACACAAAGAACAAUUGAUGUUGUACAUUCUGGAG